UUUGAGUAAACUCUCGGAGUUGGUGAUGGACAGGGAGGCCUGGCGUGCUGCAGUCCAUGGGGUCGCGGGGAGUCGGACACAACUUAGUGACUGAACUGAGCUGAACUGAACUAACUGCACCAUCCAGAGACAGGGAGUGAAGUUUCACACUGAGAACAAAGCUGCUUUUUUUUUUUCAAGACAGCUGCCAUAUCAAGGAGGGGUGAGGGAAGGGCAAAUAAAAAUGCCACAAAAGGUCCGGCGGAGGCCAGCGCCGCGCUUGGCCAGUGCUGGUAAAAUUUUCCCGCGCCCUGGCUUAGGUAGUGUAGAAGAGGAGAGCGUUCAGGUUUCUGCCGAUCCUAUUGACCGAGGUCGUUCUCCUCACCUCAUCCUCAUAACUACCUCCCUUACCACACAUCGGGAGGGUGGAAAGGGACGUAUGUGGCGGUCCUGGACUUCCCCCGCUUCCGCAUUUGAUAUAGGGAAGCCCAGGCUGUGGGGCGGGCUGUCCUGUCCGGACGGUGGUGGCCCGAGAGGGUCAUUUUUAGCGAGGGAAAAGGCAUUCCAGGUUUGCUCUUGUAACUACAAGUUUACAGAGCUCUAAUACAGAGGUCCGACAAGAUCAAAGCUGCAGGAGAAUGAACAGUGAAGUACAGAGAGUUGGGAGGAUCUUGGAUUUGACUGAUGAUGCUUGGCGAGAAGACAAGCUGCCUCAUGAGGAUGUUGCAAUACCACUGAAUGAGCUUCCUGAACCUGAACAGGACAAAGGAGGCACCACGGAAUCUGUUAAAGAACAAGAGAUGAAGUGGACUGACUUGGCCUUCCAGUACCUCCAUGAGAAUGUUCCCCCCAUAGGAAACUGACACCUGGCUCCUUGUUCAUCUACAGAUUUUUUUUUUUAAAUACAGAUAUAAAACAUUUUCUUUCUGUCUCCUAACUUAAAUCUUUUAGUGAUAGAUCAACACUCAAAAAUGUACAACUAAUUUUGUGGCAGCAAAAUGCAAUGUGAAAAUGCUCAACCAGGUUAAGAAGCUGAUUGCAGUUUCUUAGGGAUGCAGAACAUCUGGCCCUUUGAACCUAAAGUUCUUCAUUAACUAGCUUGUGUUUGAACAUGAUUCAUUAAACAUUUGCCUUAAAAAAGC